AUGGCUGUCUUUGACCCUCAUAAACAGGACGUUCGCUUUCUGGGGGCGGACGGCAAGACACCCAUCCACAUCCCCAUACCGGCAAUCGACGCCUUCAACAAUGGGUCCGUGGGUUUGUCCGUGACGUAUGGAGCCCAGCUGGGAGCCUGCAUCAUCAUGCUUUUUGUUGUGGUGAUAAUGACGCCCCGGGCCAAGUUCAGGGCGAUGUCUACCAUCCUCCACAUCCUCGCUCUGCUCCUCUGCGUCGUCCGCAUGUCGCUGCUCAUCGCCUUCUUCCCCUCCGCCUUUGACGAGUUCUACAACUACUGGUCCUCUGACUACUCCUCCGUCCCACUCGGUGAUUACCAAGUGAGCAUUGCGGCCAACGCCAUCUCCCUUCUUCUCGUCAUCAUAAUUGAGGUGGCUCUCUUCGUCCAGGCGCGCGCCAUACUCCAUCUCUGGCCCCAUAUCGUCAAGUACACCCUCUCUACCGUGUCAAUAAUCGUGACACUUCUCACUGUCAGCUGGCGCCUGGCCUUCACCGUCUUCCAGAGCAGGGCCAUCAUGUCUGCUGAAUCGGCGCAUCCCUUCCGCUGGGUUGCUCAGUGGUCCAUAAUCACCAAUGUCGUUUCUAUUUGCUGGUAUUGUGCCUUGUUCAACGUCAAGCUGGUAAUUCACGUCAUUACCAACCGUGACAUUCUUCUCCGGUCAUAUCGGAGCCUUACACCUAUGGAGGUACUCGUCAUGACGAAUGGGAUCCUCAUGAUCGUUCCAGUCAUCUUCUCCGCUCUAGAGUGGGUUGACUGGACUGGUUUCGAGGCAGCAUCGUUGAUACUGACAUCUGUCUCUCUUAUUCUUCCCCUCGGAACUCUUGUCGCUCGCCGUCUCUCCCAGUCUCGUGGACAGGACUAUGACAACUUUGACUCUCGUACCUGCAUCGCUUUGCCCUCUCGCUUUCAUGACGCCCAGGUAUCAUAUGGAACGAAAAGUUUCACGACAAGCAGCAAUACGACCACAACUCCGCAGGAUACCAUACUGUACCAGUGCGAAGCCGGCGCAUGCAGUGGUAAACCUGAUGAUGUCACUAUUGAGCUUUGCCCACUCAAGGAAGACCGCGUGCACAACGGCCAAGUCAGAGUUUAUAGCAACCUUGACCAGCAUGAGUCGCGGGUCUAA